UGAUCUUCAAGUUGGAACAAGGAGCAGAACCAUGGAUGGUGGAAAAACCCCUGAACCAGAGCCUUUCAAGGGACCUGAUGAAAUACCAGCUGGAGAGAAACCUCAUGGACCUAAUGUCACUGGGAACUCACUCCAAUACUUGGAACAUCUUAGUCAACAUCACCAGAUUCAGAAUAUACAGCAGGCUUUUGAACACAGUGGCCAAGGGGAAUGCUAUAACAGGAAGAGACUAUCCUUUGAAUGUGAGAGGAUUUGUGUGGAACACACCUCUAAUAAAUCAACUGUCAUUUCAGGAAACAAAACUCUGGUUGAAAGUAAAAAUUUCCAUAAAAAUGUCUAUCUCAGUAACUAUCAAAAAGCAGGAGAGAAUCUCCAUGGAUCUUUUGAGUAUGAUGAAUCUCUGAAUUACAAAUCAGAUCUUACAAUGUAUCAGAGAACACAUAUGGGGAAAACUGUCCAUAUAUGUAAGCACUGUGGGAAGUCUUUCAGCUGUAAAUCCUGCCUUACUAUCCACCACAGAACUCACAUAGGGGAAAAGCUCAUUGAGUGCAUUGAAUGUGGGAAAAACAUCUACCAGAAGUCAGACAUCACUAAAGACCAGAGCAUUGCCACAAUGGAAAAUCUUCAUGAAUGUAGUGAGUGUGGAAAAGCCUUUUAUCAGAAGUCAUAUCUCGUUAAACACCAGAGAAUCCACACAGGAGAGAAACCUUAUGAAUGUAAGAUAUGUGGGAGAGCAUUUUGCCAGAAUUCACAACUUAGUACACAUCAGAAAAUUCACACAGGGGAGAAACCUUAUGAGUGCAAUGAAUGUGGAAAAGCCUUUUAUCGGAAGUCACAUCUCAUUAUGCAUCAGAGAACUCACACAGGGGAGAAACCUUACAAAUGUAAUGAGUGUGGAAAAGCCUUUUCCCAGAGUUCAGUCCUCAAUAAACAUCAGAUAAUUCACACAGCAGAGAAACCUUAUAAGUGCAAUAUAUGUGGAAAAGCCUUUCGUUGGAAGUCAAGUAUCAUUAUACAUCAGAAAAUUCACACAAGGGAGAAAUCUCAUGAAUGCAAUAAUUGUGGAAAACCCUUUUGCCCCAGGACUGCCCUCAUUAGCUGUAAGAGAAAUCAUACAAAGGAGAAACCAUGAUUGUAACGUGUUGAAAAUCAUUUUGCCACAGGUCUGCCCUCAUUAACUAUCAGAAUUCACAGAAGAGAGAAACCUUAUGAAUGUAAUAUGUGUGGAAAAGCAUUUUGCCAGAAGUCCCAACUAAUUUUUCAUUAGAGCAUGCUCACAGGGAAAAAAAAAAAUCUUAUAAAUGCAAAGAAUGUGUAGAAACAUUUUUCCAGAAUUCAAGGCUCAGUAGUCAUAAAAUUCACACAGAAGGAAACAUUUUAAAUUGACUAAAUAUAAAAAGGACAUAUAUUUUCCAGGAAUACAUGUCAGCAUACAUGAUAGAAUUCACACAAAGAAGAAAACCACGAUAAUGGAAUCUUUGUGAACAAUUACUUUGACAGAAGUCUUCAGCACACAUGAGAGAAAUCACAGGAGAAAAGAUACAUGGAUAUAGAUGAAAAUUUUCUACCAUAGGCCAGCUGUUAUUAUCAGAGAACUUACAGAGGAAAAUCUCUACACAUGCAAUGGAAGUGGAAAAUCCAUUUACUCAAAGGCAAUCUUCAGCAAAAAUUACUGAAUUUUGCAAAGAAUGCACUGUAUACAUGUAUUGGAUGUGAAAAAAUGUUUUUGCAAAUCAAACUUCAACAGAUUUUAGGGUUUUCACAGGAGGAAGUAACAAGGUAUGAAGACCUGCUAUAUGUUCUUCAAAAUCAUCUUCCUUUGUGUCAUACAACCUGCAUUUUUAGCUUCCCUACUGUGAGUAGGACAGUGGAAAUGAGCUCUGCUUUCACAUGUGAGUGUUAAUAAAUAUUGCCUAUAAUAUUUACUUAAGGUGCCAUUCUCAUUUACAAAGUUACUUGAUGCAGAUGUUGUGUUGUCUGCCUAUGAUUUUCCCCCUACAUUAUUCUGGUACAGAACAGUGUUAUGAUCACAGUCACAUCACCUCACUCAUUUACGAGCCAUAAUGCUCUAUUUUUAGCUUUGGAUAAUGAGUAUUUUGCCUAGGGUAGGGAGUGAGUCUCCUGUAGUCAUGAGUCUCUGAAGCCAGCAGAAUCCCAAACUUUACUUUGUGUAUGUCUUCUAGACUGCUGCUUUUUCCAGCUUCUGUGCUUUUCCUAUUUCUACUUUUUUAUUUAUGUUUAAUUUUAUUUGUUAAACAAGUUUCAUGUAUUUCAUAUUGUACAUAUUGAGAACUAUAGUAGGAUUCCCUGCAUUCUCCCUCCCCCCACAGUACAAUCCUUCCUGCCCCUGCAUCUGAGAUACCCAGUCUUAAUUUUACCAUAAUCUAUUUCCAAUAUACUUAAUGAUCAUAUAGUUAACCCUGCUCUAGGUAAAGGCAUUCAACAUGUAGUAUGGAGAGAGAGAAACAAUACAGAACAGAAGUAAAGAAAUACUGUUACUCAAUGGAAGAGGCAGGGCUAUAAACAGUCCUCAGACCUCAAAAUGUCUGUUUCACUCCAAUACAUUAUAUUUCAACUAUUCUAUUAGUUACAUUGGAUCAGAAGAAACAUAUGGUAUCUGUCUUUUUGAGGUUGGUUUAUUUCACUAAUUAUAAUAGGUUCUAAUUGCAACCAUCUUGUUGUAAAAGACAGGAUUUCACAUUUUUUACAGUUAAGUAGUACUCCAUAGUGUAUAUACACCAUAAUUUCUUUAUACGCUCCACAGCUGAUAAAUAUUUGGGUUGACUCUGUAUCUCUGCUAU